AUGAGGACGAGCGAUAUGAGGUCGUUUCGUCCAUCGCGUGCGAUUUGGUUGGUUUUAUUCCUAAUCACGGUGGCGGCGUGCUUCGCGUGCGGCGCUCGAGGAUUUGAGAUUCCAGAGGUGGAAUGGAUGUAUCCGAGCGCGGGACACGUGGGCGGCGGCGAAGUCGUCACGCUCUCGAGUAAGCAGCUGGCAGCGGUUCAGAAUAUACCAGGGGCAGAGCUCACGUGCAAGUUUGAUAAUGAGUUCGUUCGGGCGUAUUACGUAGACGCCGAGACGGUCAAAUGCACAGCACCGUCACACACGGAGGGUUUCGUAAACGUCGAAUUCGCGCUCAACAAUGAAACGGGAGACUUUUUGAGAACAAAAGGAUAUCAAUUUGUGAGUGGCGCCAAGGUGGACGCCGUGAACUCUGUGUAUGGUAUUUCAGGAGGUAUCGUAGACGUAUUCGGUGCUGAUAUGCACGUGUCGCAGUACUGUCGAUUUGGCGACCUCACGACUACUGGGCACAUCGUCUCGUCUGGUUUGAUGAAGUGUGAAUCACCUUCGAUCGACAAGGGAACCGUCGCUGUGGACGUGUCUUUGACUUCCUCAAACUUUUUCGAGGCUUUCAGUAGCGUCCAGCACAUUUAUAUCGGCGCGCCGUCGAUAAGUCGCGUCAGUCCAGCAGUCGGUACUGGCGAAGGGGGCACGUUGGUGACGCUGACGGGACAAAAUUUUGCGCCGACAAGUUUGUUGCGGUGUCGCUUCGGAGCAAUUGAGGUCUCCGCGAUUUACCAGAAUGAAAAUACAUUGGAGUGCGCGACGCCUGCAUCUUCUUUAGCGGCUAAGCCCCUGAGCGUCUCGAUGAAUCAUCGAGACUAUGUGACAUUCUCAAACUCGUUCACUUUUCUAUCGAGUCUCGUUGUCGAUGCAAUCGCGCCGUUCCAGGUCUCUUCGGCAGGAUCUUCCCAUGUGUCUAUCACGGUACAGAGUGUCGUGCAAACACCAGAGCUUGCGUGUAAAUUUGGCUCGCAUAAAGUUCCAGGUCUCGCGGGAACCAACGCUGUGACCUGCGUAGCUCCAGCUGGAAUCGGUUUUGUCUCCGUUGCGGUGGCCUCGAACGGUCAAGAUUUCCAAUAUUCCGUCUUUGCAUCAGACAGUGUGCAGCUUGAAUUAAAGGACGUGAUUGAAAUUACUAGAAUAGCGCCCAGAGUUGGUGCCAUAGGAGGUGGAACAUUAGUCCACAUAGAAGGGGAGCAUUUGCUGCAAGACAAUCCUGUCUGUAGGUUUGGUACGACUACCGUAGCGGCAACACAUGUUUCCUCGGCGUUGAUGAUUUGCGAAACGCCUAGCAUGUUUGAAGGUGCAUAUGCACUGGACGUAUCGGUAGUAGCAACCGCAGUAGAAUUAGCGAUGAAGCCGCAAUUUUUGUUUGAUCCACCUCCAGUGGUCACGGCUCUAUCACCAUCAAUGGGUUUAGUCGAGGGCGGUACCACAGUCACAGCUGCCGGGCACUCUUUCAGUGAUUCACACGAUCUCGCGUGUAAGUUUGGCUCAAUUGGUCCUGUCGUGGGCGAAUGGAUCGCUGCAGAUGAAUAUAGGUGCCUAGCGCCUGCGCACGUAGAGGGUUGGGUGAAUUUUGACAUCGGCAUGGUCAGCGAGUUCGGCGCCAUGUUUGCUGAUGGUCCGCAGGUGACUUUCUUGUAUACUACUGAAGCGUCAGUGACCACAAUUAUAAACAACGAUAAUAAUACCGCAACUGUGACUGGUACGGGAUUUGUUCCUGGUCAAGAUGUGUAUUGCAAUCUUGGAAAUGGUGACGCCUUGGUCCCAGGCAUCGUCCUCAGCGAUGGUUCUGUUCUCUGUGGGUUACCCGAAGAUAACAACGGCGUAAACGAGUACGAUAUAAGAAUUGUCGAUAGCUCCGGCAAUAACAUCGUCUCCAGUACCGAUGCAAAUGAUAUUUUAACGAGGAAGGUGUUGCUGGAUCACUUGCUUCCGCUGUCUGGCCCGUCCAUCGGUGGGACAGCCAUCGUGGUGUAUGGUGAUCACUUUUCUCCCUCUUCUUUGUGUCGAUUCGGUACAUUAGCUCCAUUCCGUGCAGCGUUUAUUUCACCCUCGCAAGUGAUGUGCGAAUCUCCGAGCAUGGAGGUCGGAUACCAUGACCUUGCAGUCUCAAACAAUGCCUUUGAUUGGUCGGUUCCAGGCUUACCGUUUGAGUUCAUGAACACAUCUUCCUCGGUCAUACAUCGGGUAGUUCCCAAGACUGGGCCGUCUCAAGGUGGUACUAUUCUUUCAUUUGAUGGCCUGGCGUUUCGAAACGACGUUUCACUGGCUUUCAGGAUUGGAACCAUUUCGAAUGUUCUUGGACGAUGGUUGUCCAUGAAUGCGGCGUCUUGCGUCUCUCCUGCGCACAGCGCAGGUUCAGUCCCAGUCAACGUGUUCCAUCACAAUACUGCGUUUGAAAUUAAGCUGAGUCAAUCGGCGGCUACAUUUGAGUACAAGGUGAUCGCGACGUUGUCAUCAAUGACAAUACCAGAAUCGAGUUUUGUUACCGGCGGCACCUCGGUGACUUUGUUCGGUGAAAACUUCUACGGAAGUCAUCUUUCGUGUAGGUUUGGUUCAACCACUACGAAUGCAUUCAUCUUCGGAUCAAAUACUGUUUGCAAUGCUCCGGCGUCUAAAUCUGGAUUCACGGUGAUCGAUGUCUCUAUGAACUUGCAAGAUUUUACGUCGUCAGCUCUCGAGUUCCAUUAUGUUGCCAAACCGAAACUCAUGAGAGCGACUCCACUCACAUUCCCAACGAUUGGGGGAAGUUUGGUAUAUGUGACGGGAUCCAAUAUGAUCUGGGGCGGUACGAAUUACAGUGCUUCGUGCGGUUACACGACAAGUGCAGGUACUGCAAAGUCAUCUAUACACGUAAUUUCUUCGGCGCUCGUCGUGUGUGUGACGCCCGAAGGCAAGGAUGACACUGCUUUACAACUUGUAUACAACGACGUGGAACAAAGUGCGGAUUUCCAAAUAACUUUCAUUCUUCUUCCUGGACUCGAAAUAGAUCACCCAGCUGCGCGAGGAUUGGAAGCCGGCGGUGCUGUGGUUGACAUCUAUGGAGACUUUUCCACGGAUUUGAGCGUAAUAUCAUGCAAAGUUGGUACGAUCUCUGGAAUUUCCCUUACGCAGGGUUCAUCCGAAAAAGUUGAAUGUAUCCUGCCUGCCCAUUCACCUGCGACAGUUCCAGUGACUGUGGCUAUGAAUGAGCGUGACAAUGCGGCGACGACACUUCUGUACGAAUACAUUGCCAACAUAGAUCUCACUGAGCCAUACCGCACGUCGGUAUCGUUAGAUGGGGGAUCUUUGGUGGAGCUUAUGAUUUCACCGAGCACAUUGCCUUCUUCGCUAGCGACCUUACCAGUCGCUUGCGUGUUCGAUCUUCACGCGGCAGUUGCAAAAGUGGAGUCAAACGGUCUCGUUUUGUGUCUCGCUCCAGCGCACAGCUCCGGUUUUGUCGCUGUUGGGGUGCAAAUUCACGACGUGAGCGUGUGGGAUUCUUCGCAAAUACAGCUCAGUUAUGAACCUCAUGCGCAGAUUACUAAUUUGCAGCCGUAUGAUGGCGCAGAAGCUGGAGGAGAAAUAAUAAAAUUGACUGGCGUUCACUUCAACGAAGUCACGCACAACAAGUUUGUUUUUGGAAGCACCAAAUUCUCUCCGGUACAGUUUGUGUCAAGUGCUCUAGUUGUGAUCGAGCAACCAGCGAAUGAUGCUGGCUCUGCAGUUCUCAGUUUUCUGUCAAGUGGUUCAACAAGCCUCACGGACGAUGAAUUUGAGUCCUCUGGUAUUGUCUUUGAGUACAUCAAGGAGGAAGAUAAUCCUUUACACGUGUCGCCUCAAGAAAGUAACGAAGAUGGAGGGUCUAUUGCGAUAAUUUACUACAAAGUUGAUCCGUAUCAGCAAUCAUUUGACAAUUGUGCUUGCAAAUUCGGAAGUCUUGGUCCCAUCAUCGGACAACUGACCGGGAAUGGUCUAGAAUGUCGAGUUCCCGCGCACAUCGCGGGUACCAUUCCCAUGUAUGCUCGUUUAUUCGGUGAGAUGUUCACGUCGGUGAAACAACCUUUCAGCUAUCACGAAACCGUCGAAGUGUCUUCCUCGGCGGUGUAUCCGUCAUUCGGAUCCGUGAGUGGAGGCGUUGCUGUUCGUAUUCUCCAUGAAAACCCAAUGGAAACUUCUAUUAAGUGUCACGUCGCUGGAUUUUUCGUCUCAGCCACGUCCAUCUCCACGAAUCCUUAUGUAUCUGAGUGUAUCAUGCCCGCGUACGCCCCAGGGUUCGCUCAAAUAAGUUUAGGUGCCUCACCUGGGAAAGAUGAAACCGAUUCGUUGUUCUUAUUCCAACCUGAUCCGAUUCUAGUGUCAGCAUACCCAACUUUGAUCAGUAAUUCUGGUGGUGAAUUAGUCACUAUCAGUGGUGAAGAUUUGCUCGAUGUGGCUGGUGGGUCAGUGCAGUGCUACUUUGGCGACGUAAAUGUGCCCGCAAAAGUUCAUUCGUCGACCUUGGUGACGUGCGAGUCACCGUACUUCUCCAAUAACCAAGGAAGAAUUGCGUUAUACGUCGAUACUGGUGGAAGCUUGAACUACGACGAAAUGGGUACAACGUCCAUCAGUUACAUUCCCGCUCCGACUCUUCUGGAUAUCUCCGCGGAAACGGUGGCAACCUCUGGAGGUGACACGAUACAAAUUUCCUCGCUAACUUCUGUCGGAAUACUUGAAGAACUGGUGGAUGCGCCCGCUGGACACGUGGGCUCAAUCGGCCCGAUGUAUGUGCGAAGCUCGGGAAGUAGCUUUGAAUUCGUGACUCCGGCGCACUCACCGACGUCGCCCGAUGCCAUCCGGGUCUGGCUGUCAUCUCACUUGACGUCUUCUUACUUUACCAAUUUUGUCUUGAUUUAUUCCGAGGAGGAUAUGACGGUCAUGCAUGUCGUGCCAGGGAGAGCUUCGAACGAGGGCCUUGCUGACGUAGUCCUUGAAGCCACCGGGCACAGUUUGAGCUCGACGCCAAAGGGAUGCAUGUUUGGGUUAUUUCCCGUUCUAUCGUCACAGGCUGUUCGGACAUCUACGUGUUCCGGCGGUAAUCAAAGAGACUGUGUAAGAUACACGCUCAGCUGCCCCGUUCCGAUUCUUUCGGCGGGAUUUGUGGAGUUAUCUACCAUAGGUCUCGACGGCGUCGGGGUAGACUUUGACAUCUUUGUGCCGCCUGUUGUCACAAGCAUGGUUCCGUCGGUCGGGUUCUACAGUGGAUCCUCCGUGAUCCACGUUGCCGGAGAACACUUGCACGAGUCAAGUUUCUGUCAUUUCGGUGAUCAAAACACCACAGCGUACGCCAUUUCGUCCGCUCUCAGUGUGUGUACUUCUCCUGUCCUCAGUGGGAAUUCGCCCAUGGUUUCGCUUGGCGUCAGUCCCCGAGAUGAUGAAAAUUAUAUUUCCGAGAUAGUUGCGGCGUUCCAAUAUUUGGAUGACUUCGACUUUCUUAGUCAGAGUCUGGAAAACCCAUAUCUGUCGGAAAACGGAGGCAAUCUGUUCACUUUUCAUAUUGGAAACUUAGCGGAAGACGCCACCGAACAAGAAAUCUUCUGUCGGUUUGGCACUAUAGGUCCAAUCAGCACCUCGGAACAGCGUUCGUCGACGUCUGUCACUUGCAUCUCUCCUGCUGGGCUCAAUGGUACUGUGGUUGUUGGCUCUUUGACGUACAACUCAAAGGAUUACGCAUCGGUUGGUAGCUUUGAAUAUUUCACUCCACUCGUCCCAUCUUUUGUCUCGCCGAAGAGGAGCGUUGCGGCCGGAGACACAACGUUGAAGUUGAUGUCCAACAGUGCAAUAUACUUGCCACACGGCGCGUACCUAGGCUGCAAACUACAUGGACAGGUCGCGCAGGCGACGUUUGAAGAUCAGCGAACGAUCACUUGCGACACGCCGCCUUCUGGAUUCGGUUUUACUGUUCUUGAAAUCAUGGUUUUGCCCGACGCUGCAACACCGAUUGGAUUUGAAGUUUUCAUGCCACCUGUCGUUCUCAAUGUUCACCCUAGUAUUGGUACGGCUAGCGGAACAACCGUACUCCAUGUCGACGGAGAUAAUCUGCACGAGUCUGGCUAUUGUUACUUUGGCAACGAGCAAACAAGCGCGCACGUGGUGUCGUCUGCGCUUGGACUUUGCAUCACUCCACCUUGGUCUACUGAGCGCCGAGUGGGCAUUGGAAUGGCUCCUCGUGACGAUCCGGGUUUUAUUUCAAGUUACGGUACCGCGUUCGAGUACAUUGACGAUUUGAUGAUUUCCGCUGUGUCUCCCGAGACAGGAUCGGAGAACGGUGGAACCACGCUCUCGGUGUCUGUGAAUGGCCUGACCGAUGGCGCGCGUUACAGUUGCCGCAUCGGCACCUUCUUUCCAAUUACGUCAUACAACACUCAAAGCGACGUCCUUACGUGCAUCACGCCGGCACGAGGAUUAGGAAUUGCAGAUAUUAGCAUUUCUGGGAACGAUCGUGAUCUUUCGACCAUCAACACGGCAACGUUUGUCUACCAAGUUCCACCAAAAAUUUCUGGUAUCAUUCCGAAAGUUGGUCUGAGCGGUAGUCGAAGCCCCAUUUUCAUAACUGGUUCAAAUUUUGUCAAUACUUCCAGUUUAACGUGUCGAUUUGGACAAGAGCUUGCGACAGCAACUUUCUUGUCAUCCAGAUCUAUUCUUUGUGUUGCGGGCGUGGAGCAAAGUGGCACUCGUACAGUGUUCGUCGAAGUCUCCACAAAUGGAGUCGACUUUUCAGAACAGCGACUGCUGUUCCAUUUCGCACAAUGUCCGUCUGGAUCGUACUGCCCUGAAAGUGAAGCCAUUUUAUGUCCACGAGGCGCAUUCUGUGGCGGUGGAAAAAAUUUCACCUUAUGCCCGCCAGGGACGUUCCAACCCAGAACCGGCCAAGCUGACUGUCUUCCAACGCCAGUGGGCUACAUUUCGCCAGACGCGGGCUCAAUGAUCCCGAUCAUUUGUCCGAGGGGUGCGGUAUGUGACUCUACUGGCCUUACUGUACCGAAUAAACUAUGUCCACCCGGCCAUUAUUGUUUGGAGGGUACGCGAACGAGUAACUUUACUGACUUCACUGUUGCCGAGCGGCCACUACCUUGUCCAUUUGGCAUGUACUGUACCGCCGGUGUUGUGUCGAGUGCGAGUAUCGCAUACAAUUUCACCACUCCACAGCAGUGCUAUGCCGGUUAUGUUUGUGAACCUGGUUCUAUCACACCGCAAGGCGUAGGUCCGUGUCCUCCAGGACAUUACUGUCCUCCUGGUCAGCAGUUGAGAUGCCCAAAGCGAAUGUAUUGUCCAGGUGUCGCCAACGCCGAACCGAAACCAUGUCUUCCCGGCGAGUACAACUCCGAUUAUGGCAAAGACUCAUGUCAAAAAUGUCCAAAAGGCACGAUUUGCCCAGGUUUUGCUCGUGAGGCGCCCGAAGUGUGCACACCCGGCUUCGUGUGCGACACUGAAGGUCUGGCCGUCGCAGGUACCCGUUGUCCCGCCGGACAUUACUGCCUUGAAAAUACCGUCACCCGUGAUCCUCUCGCAAUUAUUGAUGUGGCAGCUAUUGUCGAUGCAUCUCCAAUUGCGUUGAACGUUGACAACUUCCGACCAAAGCCGUGUCCUCCCACGACGUUCUGUACGGAGGGUGUAACAACUUCGAUCGUGUUGGAGGGUUCUUUCAAGCAACCGCAGCCGUGUAAGGAAGGAAGUUUCUGCGAAUGGGCUACAGGGGAUUCCACUGUGGUUUCUGAAUCGGCGACGGAUGUAUAUAAUCCAAUGAGACCUUGUACCGAGGGUCAUUACUGUCCGAAACGUACUUACAUUCCGAUUCCAGCGCCGCGCGGUUCAUACACAUCUGGACAAGGUAACUCCGCAGCCGUUACAUGUCUUCCGGGCACCUAUACGCCUUACGAAGGGUUCCAGGAGUGUCUAACAUGCGCUGCAGGCUACGAGUGCGUCGACGAAGGCACAUUCAAACCAACCGCAUGUCCUGCAGGUUAUUUCCGCUCUGCGCGGGACUCCAUUGCGUGCCGUCAGUGUCCGAAAGGAACCUGGUCGUCAUCUAUUGGCUUGACCGAAGAAUCGUUAUGUUUGCCGUGUAACUCAGGACUUGUGUGCGCCAUUGAUGGCAUGAGCAAUAACAAACCUCGUGGGCAAGGUACAGCUGCGUUAAACGAGUACUCUGCUUAUUGCGAUGCGGACAACACCGAGGCUUACGACGCCUCCAAGUGUGUUCUUUUACAACUCGAUCCAGAAGGUGAAGCGGAUUUGUGUCCGGAGGGUUACGUGUGCGACGCUCGAACAUCGAUUGCCGAACAAAAGUGCCCCGACGGAUACUUCUGUGGACCGGGUACUACUCCGGAAACACAAUUUUUCAACAAAUGUCCCGCUGGUUACUACUGUCCCGCUGGAGCGUCUUACUCUACGCGUACUCAGUUCCCGUGUCAAGCUUGCUUCUUCUGUCCGACGGGAACUGGACAAGUGCUCAACCGAUGUCCCACAGGGACGGCGUCGUCUCCGUCGGCACAAAGUUUGGACGAGUGCUCUGCAGAUUUGAUCACUUUCUGGAGAGUCAUGCCCGUCAGUUUUGACUUGAUUGAGAAAACAUAUUACAAAACAAUCAACGCCACAGGUCGUGACACUGAAUGGCUUCGGGAAGUAGAGAGCCAAAUCGCUGCAGGUCGCACUCUAUUGCAGAUCGAUACGACGAACACUUCUAGUUCAAACGCGACAGGACCCACCGACCCAUUUGACUACAUGGGCAUGGGCAGUUGCACAAACAAAAAUUGGGAACUCCUGAACCCGACAUUCAUUCUGUCAGAUGACAACAGCAUCGCCGCCGUUGACGAGAACAAUAUCCCUUUGAUGAAGUUCACUCUACCUCGAGGUCAUACGGCCAAAUUGAGGCUUGAUUGGCGGACAAUCAACGAAAAUCUGAAGUACGGCGAACAUUACGAGCUGCUUAUUUUCACAAAUCCAGUGAUUGAUGACACCUUGUGCCCUGCAAGCGAAUACAAGUCCGUGCCAUGCCCGCCAUGGGAUGUAGGCGAUGGCAUAACAUGGCUGAAUAUGAAGGUCAUAGCCGGUGAGGAGCAGGAAAAGAAGUGUCCCGCUUCUCAAGAAUCUUUAGAGUUGCCGUUCUGGUUUGCGAGAAAUAGCGAUGGUACUGCGACGGGCUACAACGUUGAGAAUCCAACUUUUGGGAACUACGUUUGGAAACGCGGUAUGCACGAACUAUCCAUUCAAGCUUUGGAUGAUUUGCCUUUCAGAAUUGAACUGAGAAUGCUGGAUGGUAGAUAUCAAGAGGAUAAUCGUGCGUCGUUCUUGAACAGUAUUUGCAUCGACGUCGAAUUUCCAGAGCGUGCAAGUGCAACGCCGACGUAUUCCGUGCACGCCAUUUUGCCAUUCGAAAUUGACGAAGAGUAUCAAGCGCCCUUGAAUGCUCCUGUGGCCUCGACAAUGUAUCGAUCAGUGUCGACCGAUUACUUCGAGUGCGCCAAUAUUAACCAAGAUCCUGGUUGUAGAAGGCUUGAUGCCCGUGCCGCCAUCGAUUACAACUCUACGUAUGGUGCGGAGUGGAAGAAGUUCAAAUAUCUGCGACAGCAAAACGUGCUAACAGCCGAAGAUUCUCCCAGCCAAGCGCACAUUGAUUUAACGUCGACGCAAGCAGAGGAUUGGGUGAUAGUGAACGAGGAUGGCCAAACCGACGAAACUAUCACUCUUUCACUUCCAGACGUGUACGAGCAAGAAAAGUAUCUGCUCAAUGAAGGUUUGUGGGCGGCUGACCAGACGCUGUUCGCGAUGGACUACUUGCCUUUCUUUUCUGCUUGCCGCGGAUUCGACAGUCAUAUUUUCUUUUCGCACCUCACUGAAAACCCGUACAAGCCCGUCACGUUUGGCGAAGAUCGCACGUUUGUCAGUUAUGGUGAGACCACGUUGGUGCCAAAAGAAGAAACAGUCUUCAUCAAUCAAUACUCUCCGCAAGUUCAAGCAGCAGUUGCAGAUGAGCUCGAGUUAACCAUCGAUUGUUUCUAUGAAGAGGCCUACACAGAAGCUUCAGCAAAGAAGCGUUGGUACGAAGCUGAGGGUGACACCUUGUUCUACUUGACAGCGGAGGCUGAAAGUCAAGACGCUCUUUUCGAAGCAAGCGCCCUGGCGAACGACCAGACGGAGCCAGCCGCAAAUAAAGAGAAGUACAUGGCCGAUAUCACGGCGCAAGAAAAUAUUCCUGUGAUUUUUGCGCCCGUCGAAGGAUUCGUUUUGACGGCUGGUUUGAUGCCGACGAAGGUUGAAUUUGAGAUCUUGUACUAUCAAUUCACCGACUCAGACAAACGAAUCAUCGCGGCCACGGUGACGAUGGACGAAUACGUAUCCGCUACGGCUCACGAUGGUACUUACACGCUUAGCGUGGCGGUAUCAGCGCUAGGUUGGUUCGAUUUGCUCAAUUUCUUUGCUUUUGAUUUCCUGUUCUACUUGGCGCUUUUCUUUGCGAUCGGAAUGCUCGUCGUGUUGUUGAUCUUUUCUGUGUGGGUGGUCGUGAGAAUCUUCACACUAUUGAAAGAACCACCGAGAUUCCGAUUCUUACCAUAUCUUCGAAUAAUGAUUGGUCCACCUCUGAUGGGUGUCACGCUCGGCAUGUUACCGUUUGCGACAGCGCAGUUCGGACUCCGGGCCGUGUUUGUCGCGUUCCCAAUCAUUACAGAGUUCCCGAUCAGUAUUGAUAAUAUCGGCCGUGAAAUCGAUCCAGCUGUCGUAGAAAAAGCGACCGCUGGUCGAUACGCAGUCUGCUUUUUGACAGCUGGUAUGUAUAUGAUGGGAUGCGCCGCCGAAAUCUUAGUCCCUGCCGAACUGAAAGACGAAGAAGAGAAGGAAUUGGAGGACGAGCGCUACGUCGAUGAAGUGAUGUUCAAACCAGAAGUCUGGAAACGAAGUCAUUUCGUUUUGAUGAAUAUCUUAGUUAACGUGACAAAUGUCUUCUUGAUUGAGUUCUCGUUUACUGAUACGUUCGGUGUCCAGUUCUUUACCAUUUUCUUCCUCUUGAAGGUCGCUCACGUAAUCAUGGAAAUGCAGAUAGAAACCGCGUUGGGAGAAGCUUUCUUACUCGCUCCAGUAUCGGUCGUACUUGCUUCAGCCGUUGGCGUUGCGACGAUCGGAGCCGAUGACUUUACAGAUUUCACCCUUGGUUUCUUUUUCGAGACUAUCAUGGGUAUGGUCGAGUACGUAUAUCUUGAUGCGUUCAUCGCGUACUGCGCCCUCGUACUCCCAGACAAAAUCAGCGCAGUCGUGAACUACAUCAUGAAUUUGUUACCAUUUAACUUUGGUGACGACGAUGACGUCGAAGUAGAGGAAAAAAUCGAUGCAGAAGAUACGUUGGUCGAAGAUUUAAUGGGCUUCCUCGCCGCUUACGGCGUAAACACGGCUGUUAACUACAUGACGCCUUUCUUCAUUUUCUUUUUCUGGGAUUUCAACGACCAGCUGAGACUGUCGUACCUGUACGGUUUCAGAAAGAAGGAUCUUUUGAUUUAUCUUCUCUUCUCUGUCGUGAUUAUUCCGUUCUGGAUUGUCAUGGACAUCAUAACUUUCAACAUUCAGGAAUUGUUCCAUGGCUGGAAGGUGUACGAGUAUUUGAAGUACGCUCGAUAUCGAUUCAUCAAUCGUACGUCGCGAUGGAAAGGUUUCGAACGCGUUUACGAUGAAUCAAUUGACCCCGGUCUUCGCGCGAUUGAUCAAAUGUGCUUCUCGAGUCAGUUCUACUUUGUGCUUGCGCUCGGCGGCUCGGGAUCUUUCUUGUUCGUCCUCGCUCUCUCCAUGAUGCUCCGAGCAAACUACAACAUGUUUGAAGAUAUCCUCUUCUGGGCUUGUGUUCUCAUGGUUCUCGGCGCAUCUUACACGGCAAAGCGUCUCGCCCUCCUCUUGGCAAAUCACUUCGGCCUCUGGCGAAUCACUUCUUCGAUCACGUCUGGGGAAAUCAUCAUCGAGGAUUCUCUUGAUGAGGAUUUUUCUUCCAUUUUCGUACCUAAAAUGGCAGCCGUGAUUGAGGAUAGCGGUGGCGACAGCCUCCAAACGAUGGAUGUCACGACGGCCGACCUCACGAGUGAUCAGUUCCGCCAUCUUUUCAUGUCAAAGAAUAGGGACUGGGUCAUUGAUCAGUUACAAGAAAUUCUAUCUCCUCGUACUGCAAGGCGGCUGAAACUCGGAAAAGCUGUGCGUCGUAGAAUGAAGGCUGGUGAGAUGUCAGAGUCAGACUCGGAUAUGGAAGAAGACUUCGGAGAAGUGAAGCUAUCAGUGGGUGCUGAAGCAGCCAUGCGAAUAUGGCUCACACACGCCGCUUCGAGAGCAUCUGGACGCGGAGUAAAUCUCCGCAUGCUCUCUGAUACGUCUGAAAGUGAGACAGAGGCUGGUCUCCAACGGUUCCCGCCUGUCAAUCUUUCCGAAGCUUCUUCUGCCGCCCUUACGGGUUGGUUGGCUGCGGUUAAGCAACUUCGUGCAAACAGACAAUCGUCGCUCACGAAUACUGCUGUGUUCUCUUCGACUGACUUCUCGUCGGAAAGUGACACUGAUACAGAACCCAAGUACGCCACGACUGAGCACAUGAGUCAAACUUCAAAGAUGGUCAUGCGAGACUGGUUGACGAGAGCGAGAGAGAUGCGCGCAAGCGUGCCUCCGUCUGCACCGAAAGCGAAUCUUUCGGAUGAUUCCGGUGAUUCGUCUUCUCAGUUGUCCAGUGAUUCCGCCUCACCAGAACGCCAACCAGUUUCUUACGUGGCUGCUUCGGUGAUGAGUCAAUGGUUGCAACGCUCGCGCGCAGAAAAGGAAAUGAGCCUCGCGAAUACGCCGCUGUCCGGAGGCCCAAAACGCCAAGCGCUCACUUCCGACUCUGGUAGCUCUUCCGAUCUUGAGUCAUCGGACGAUCCGGAGUUGGCAUUCGAUACGAGACGUCCAAAAACACUCAGCACGGCGUCGGCGAGUAUUUUAACUGGCUGGCUUUCGUCUGCUCAAGGAGUGUUCCGAAGACGGUCAAGGGCAGAGGCUAGAGCUGGCAGCGACGAAGACAAUGGCUCCUCCCCAGAGAGUCUCAAACCAGAGUAA